GUUGAAGAAAUGUUGGGUGGUGUACUGAAUUGUUGGAAUGGGACUAAGAUAGAGGGAGGCCGAUAGUGAAUGAUCAGUUCAGUUCAGUUAUACUCAAGUCUGUGACUUUUCCUGCCUGCAGCAGUCAGUUUCCCAUGCUGGGCUGGCUGUUGGACUGGUCAUCAGACUGCAUGCCAUGGGGCUGGAGAGCUGGGGGCUGCCGCGGCUGCGUGAGGCCAAAAAUGUUGACAGUGCACCUGGAUUGGCUGGUCGGCAGCAACAGAUGGCUGGAUGUGAGAACGAGGAGGGGAAAACAACGAUUGAUUCACAGGAGAACUGUGUGCUCGUGCUCCUCUUCCUGUUCCACGACGCCCUCGCCCUCGCCCUCUCCCUCUCUCUCUUCCACUCCCUCCUGGACUCCCUGUUCCACGUCUUAUGGGUCCAUGUCUUCCAACACCCAGUGGAGCUCCCUGUUCAGGCCGACGCCGAGCUGCUCCAUGAGCAUGAUCCAAAAUUCGUGAAGGUCCUGGUAUGGAGGGGGGGACAACAAUUCCAGCUCCUGUUGCAGCAGCAAUGCUGGGAGCUUGCAUAAAUGGCUGAGAUGGGGGUGGAGGAGUGGGAACUAGAUGGGCAUUGCUGCGGAGUACCCUCAGUGGUUGUUGGGGAGUUUGUUGUGGCCCUGCUGGAGAUUGUGGAGGGGUCAGUUCUUGUGCAUCCACUUGUGUGAGGGAUUGCUCUAGAAGUUCUGCCCCAGAAGAAGAGAGAUCUGACAAUCCACUCAUGGUUUCACACUUUGUCAACACUUUUUCUCUGCUAUAGACUAUUCUGUUGUUGCUCACAGACUAUUCUGUUG